AAAGUGUCCAAUUAGGGUUCUCAGCCGAAUUCCCAUCUCUCCGCAACUGAAAUCUCUCUCUCUCUCUCUCUCCUCCAAUGGCGGCCAUAACCCGCCUGGCAAAGCCCUCCUCCUCCAUUUCUUACCUGAGAAGGUGCUUGUCUACAUCCAUCUCAUCAGAAACCAAUCCUCUUUUUUCAAGCCGCAAAGAUCCCAAGGACAGAAAUGUCCAAUGGGUGUUUCUCGGCUGCCCGGGCGUGGGCAAGGGCACCUACGCCAGCCGCCUUUGUAGCCUCCUCGGCGUUCCCCACAUCGCCACCGGUGAUCUCGUUCGCGAAGAGCUCGCCUCCUCAGGGCCCCUCUCUCAACAGCUAUCGGAGAUUGUAAACCAAGGUAAAUUGGUCUCGGAUCAAAUUAUAAUAAACUUAUUGUCAAAGAGACUGGAGGCUGGAGAAGCUAAAGGUGAAUCAGGAUUUAUUCUUGAUGGUUUUCCUCGAACAAUAAAUCAAGCGGAAAUAUUGGAAGGGGUGACUGACAUUGACUUGGUAGUCAAUCUGAAGCUCCAGGAAGAUGUUUUGCUUGAGAAAUGUCUUGGAAGAAGAAUUUGCAGCGAAUGUGGGAAAAAUUUCAAUCUGGCAUCGAUUAAUGUCAAGGGUGAAAAUGGGAAUCCUGGUAUUAGCAUGGCUCCACUUCUUCCCCCAGCACAUUGCACGGUAAAGCUUAUUACUCGGUCAGAUGAUACUGAAGCAGUUGUAAAAGAACGGCUUCGUGUAUACAGUGAAAAGAGUCAGCCUGUGGAGGAAUUUUAUCGUAGUCGAGGAAAAUUAUUGGAGUUUGAUCUGCCAGGAGGGAUCCCACAAUCCUGGCCAAAAUUGCUUGAAGCUCUCAAUCUUGAUGAUUAUGAGGAGAAGCAGUCUGCUGCAGCAUAAGCUUUUGUACUGUACCACUGAAGGUGAGUAUGUUAUUCUUUGCAUGCAAGGUGCAUGCCCGUGAUUUUGCAGGAGGAAAGAAUGAGAAAGAACAUUUUUUUUCUCCAUUAUGAAAUAAUAAAAAAUAAUAAAAAAUUAAAAAAAAAAUAAAAAAAAAAAACUUGAAAUCUGUGUAGUAAUUUGAUCUCUACCGGAUGCCUGGAAUAGGCUUUUUCUAUUUUGUUUGGUUUUAGAUGAAGAGGUUUCUAGUUUAUUAUUGUGUAAGAGGGAGAUAGAGAGAGAGCAUUUGUUACAGUAUUGUUUGGUUGAGGGAUGCUUUUGUUUUAGGAAGUAAUUAUAUGGCAGCAAUAAGCUUCAACAGUGGAAGCUGAUAUAUUGAUACAAUGAUACUGUAUUGUUGUAACUUAUCAUUAAUGCUUUACUCUUAAGCACUUAAGUGCUUAAGUGACGAUCUGAA